GCAGUAUCCUGCAUCAUGGCGUCUGCCUCUCUCAAACCGUGUGCUAGCCUGCCGACUUUCUGUGUCGUCUUUGUGCUGCUGCUGCUGUGUCUGCCCCCGGGGGGAGGACAGAAGAAGAAGGAGAACCUGCUGUCAGAGAAGGUUGACCAGAUGAUGGAGUGGUCCUCCCGUCGUUCUGUGGUUCGCAUGAACGGGGACAAGUUCCGCCGCUUCGUCAAGGCCCCGCCCAGAAACUACUCGGUCAUCGUCAUGUUUACUGCUCUACAGCCUCAAAGGCAGUGCUCCGUCUGCAGACAGGCGAAUGAGGAGUAUCAGGUGCUGGCUAACUCAUGGCGUUACUCAUCUGCCUUCUCCAACAAGCUGUUCUUCACCGUGGUGGACUAUGACGAGGGAGCUGAUGUUUUUCAACAGCUGAACAUGAACAGCGCUCCCACCUUCAUGCAUUUCCCUGCCAAGGGCAAGCCAAAGAGGGCCGACACGUUUGACCUGCAGCGAAUCGGCUUCGCCUCAGAACAGCUGGCCAAGUGGAUCGCAGACCGCACCGAUGUUCAGAUUCGUGUUUUCCGACCUCCCAACUAUUCAGGGACCAUAGCUUUGGCCCUGUUAGUUUCUCUGGUCGGAGGCCUGCUGUAUCUCAGGAGGAAUAACUUGGAAUUCAUCUACAACAAGACUGGAUGGGCCAUGGCUGCACUGUGUGUGGUAUUUGCUAUGACAUCCGGUCAGAUGUGGAACCACAUAAGAGGCCCCCCCUAUGCUCACAAGAACCCACAGAAUGGACAAGUGAGUUACAUCCAUGGCAGCAGUCAGGCUCAGUUUGUUGCAGAGUCGCACAUCAUCCUUCUUCUGAAUGCGGCUAUCACCAUGGGGAUGGUGCUGCUGAACGAGGCGGCCACCUCCAAGGGAGACGUCGGCAAAAGACGGAUCAUCUGCCUUGUGGGUCUUGGCCUGGUGGUGUUUUUCUUCAGUUUCCUGCUUUCCAUCUUCAGGUCCAAGUACCAUGGAUAUCCCUACAGCUUCCUUAUUAAGUAAGUGCAGACAGAGGGUCCGGAAAUGAGGAGGAGGUCAUGACAGCGGCGGAGAACGGAGAAGAUGCUUGAAGAGGAGAAAGCGGCGGCACGGCGGAGUUGAGAGCACAGUGUGUCUAGCAGCUACUCAUACCAUCAACCCUGCGAGCUGAAUUCCAAAUAAAUUAUUCCGUCUGACACUGGUA